UUCAAAUUUAGUUCUAAUUAUAUUUCUACAGGUUUUAUAUUAAGAAAAAAGUAAUCCAAAUUUAAAUGCAAAUUUUCGUAUUACGAGUAAAAAAAACAUACUCCGUACUUGCAUUGGGUGGGGGUUUGCCUUUAAAUACGACCCUCCGACCACUCCUUUCUUCCCUUUACCUCUCCCAACCUUCUUCCCCUUUACUUAGCGGUUUUCCGGCAAUGAUGUCUACUUUCCCGGCCACUCCCGAUCACUUUCUUCUCCCCAACUCAUUCCCCGUUUUCGAACCCGAUUUGUCCCCGUGGGAAUGGGAAGAACCGCCCGCUCCGGCCUUCCUCUUCCCCCUUCUCCACCACGACCCGGUGCCCGAAACCCAAACUCAAACGGUCUCCGGUUCGGAUUCCGAUUCGAGCACCGAAAACUCGAAGACGAACCCCGCCUUCUCGAGCUCCGGCUCGGAUGACCCGAAUGGGAACGGAGACGACGACGGGCCCCGCUCGCCGGAGGACGAGCGGAAGCGGAGGCGCAAGAUCUCCAACCGCGAGUCUGCAAGACGGUCGCGGUUGAGAAAGCAAAGGCAGCUAGAGGAGCUGACUCUCGAGCUGAACCGGCUCCGAGCUGAGAACCGGAAGCUGACGAACCAGCUCCGCUCCUCUAACCAGCUCUGCUUAGCUGCCCAGAGGAACAACGAGCUGGUUCGAGCCCAGUCGUCUGCCCUUCGGCACAGACUUUUGGGCGUUCGUCAGGCGUUGCUCCUCAGGCAACUUCAGAAUCAGGACAACCAGCUGCUGAGCUACGCACACUCCAUAAAUGGGGGCAUGCAAUAGCACAUAAAGACUUAUCAUAUUUCAAAUUUGACACCAAAAUUUGACAACAUAUAUUAUACUAGCACUAUACAAACAGUCAUUAUCUAAACUACGCAGAUAGUUAUUGUCUGUAUGUAUAUAUCUGUAAAAUAUAUGGUGUCAAAUUUUGAUAUUAAAAUCCUGAAAAGCGCAGAGGUUAAGGAACUUGUUCCGAUUUAAAAAACGCCAGAGGUUAAGGACGUGUUUGGUUAGAGAAAGAAAACGGAAUAAGAAAAAGUGAUGGAAGCG